UAUUGUUGGCACCACACUGUAUCAUCAUAAGAUAGAUAAAAGGCAAAAGAAGAGGGCUCUCAGAGCAUUAGAUAAAAUUCAUGAUUAUAAGAUUCUUCACAAUGAUAUUCGUGAGGAAAAUAUCCUUAUUGACGAAAAAGGAUAUGUGUAUUUGACCGAUUUUGGAAUGUCAAUUCGAAAUGAUGAUAAAGAGUUAUUUAAUAAAGAGAAGUAUGAGUUAUCCUGUUUAUUAGACUGCUAUAUGUGA